CAUUUCUUCGGGGGACAUUCAUUUGACAGCGGCCCAGGCGAUCGGAUCGGCGUGGAGACUCCAAUUAAUCGCAACCAUGAGGAUUACACAACUUUUAUGCAUCUCGUGCAUGGUUAUCACAUCGAUCGACGCUGUGGAAUAUCUAAUUCGCUUCGAGACGAAAAAGGCCAAGUGCUUGAAUCCACCCAGAACGGCCAGGAAAGUGGAGUCGGUCAUAAGGGAGUGCCAGGAUGAGGUCCGCAACAAGUUGGUUAAUGAGGCCUAUGAGAUACUCAAGGAGCAGGUGUCACACAAUCAGCCGCCCAUCGAUCCGAACGAUGACUCCAUCGACUUCAUUUGGCCUUCUGUGCCCGAGGCACCUUCCCUCGAUCAUUCCCCCAACAUUAGCCAGUACGAGUACAUAGUCUACGAUGAACCCGAACCAAAACGCCAUGUGGCCAGAUUGAUGAGGAACAUCCGACGUCUGGAUGUGGCCAGUUCGGGUAUAUAUCAUCCCACUCUGGUGCCUCUGGAAGACAAACGCAUUGCGGGGUGCCUGCUGCACUGCGUCUAUGCCAAAAACAACGCCAUCGAUCAGAGGGGCUGGCCCACCUUAGACGGACUGGUCCACUUCUACUCCGAAGGAGUGCACGAGCACGGAUUCUUCAUGGCCACCUUGCGGUCCGUGAACCUCUGCCUCCGGACAAUGACCGCCCGGUACGGCGUUAAUCGCAAGGAGCUGCCCAAGAAAGGAGAAAGCUGCGAUCUGGCGUUCGAUGUCUUCGACUGUAUAUCGGACCAAAUUACCGGCUACUGUCUGGAUCAAUACAGCAGAUAUUAGUUAGUCACUCUGUCUAGUGUGCGUAGCAAUUAAAUGUUUAGUGCAAGUUCAA